AUGUAUGCAGCAGUAGAGGCAAACCACUUUUCCGAGAGCAAGGACGACUUUGCAGACGGCACUGGUAGUGUUUCCCCUGAACAGGUGGUGGGAGUACUGCUGUUAUUAUCUCCUCCACCCGGCAAUGCAGCUGCGACUGGGUACACUCUUGCCCAUUCACUGGGAGUCCUUAGCGUGGAGGAGGAAGGGGAGGAGGAGGCCGUUGCUGAGGACGAGGAGGAGGAGGCCAGGCCACGCAGGCUACCAUUGCCGCAGCGAAUGCCCUGA